AUGUUCUCCCCCUCCAAGUUCAUGUCGCAGUUCCUGGUCAUUGCGAUCACUUGCCAACUCGUCUUGUUUUUUGAUGGGAUUUUUAGAAAUAAUACAGAGCCUGCCAGCAACAUUUCGGCCUUGAUAAAUAUCAAGCCCGUUUUGAUUUUCGGGCCUCCAGGAAAUCAGAUCAACCUGUGGUCGCAUACAUACUACUCCAGCGACUCCCCAAAUCGGUCUUUGCUUGGCGAAGAUAGCGAAUCUUCUCCAGAAAAAGAUGCUUUCAUGAAUUUUAAGGAAAGCUUAAAGGAAAUCCUCAAACAGAAGAGGCUUUCUCUCGCAAAUCCAAUGACACCCCCAACUGGCGGGGUUCUUUCAUUUUUGCCUGUCCAGCUUUCCGCCCCCGCUCCAUAUGAUAUAUACAUCAUCCUUUAUACUCUUUUCCUUGCCUUUGUCGCUACUAUGAUCUUUUCGGUGGUCGCCAAAAUGUGUUCCAUCGGCCAGGCUAACAUUUUGGCGAUCUUUUUUACUUUUCUUGCCAUGUGCUUCUUUUUAAUCCUUUGGAUUGGGAUUUUAUCUGUGGUGUAUUUCUGGAUCAUGUUUGAUGUUCGCACUGUUGAUCGGGGUGUUCUCGCCCCUGAUUCCUAA